AUGCUGACCUCAGCAUCCCCUCUCCUCGCUCCCAGGAUGUUCUGGGUCCUCUUGUUGCUUACCGCCUUCAGGAGUGCUCAGAGUGGAACCGGGGCGGACCCCUACUGCACCCAGGGUGUGGUCUCUGUGUUGAGGGGCCAGCCAGCCUUCAUGACCUGCAGCAUCUCCAAGGCCGUCUCCCACAUCAACAUCUCCCAGAAAGUGAACCCCACGGCACCCUGGAAGCUCAUCUGCAAUGCAAAGCGCCCAGGAAACUACUGCCAGGAUGGAUGGCAGCUCUCAAUGUCGAAAGGCGUGGCUUACCUAGUAACUGAGGAAGCCCGGGACACCCAGGCAGGGCAGUACAAGUGGAGUCUGAUGGAGCACCAGAGAUACAUCAGAACCACCACCCUGACCGUCUUAGAUCGGCAGAGCAGUAUACUCCGUUCCGAUCUUAAUCCUGAACACACUGAGCCAGAUGCUGCUAAUCUUCCCCAUCCUUGCCUGGUCGUCCUCCUCAGCCUGCUGAUCUGCACACUGGCCUUGUGCUGAAGGUGUGGCUCCCGGAACUUCAAGCUCCAGAAGAACAUGAAUAAGAACCAGUUCGAGGGACCUUCCAGGAAGCACUUGUGGAACCAAAAUGAAAAUAUCAGUGGCCUGAGAUGAUGCAUGAGGCCUCCUCCACCACCCCCAAAGGGUAGAGCAGCCCCUCUGGAUGGGAGGCCGGACAGGUGGCUGCUGGUGGAAUCUGUGUCCAACCUCCCUGGUCUUCCCCAGCCCUGGGGCUCCCCUCUCUGCCACCUGCCCCACGUGCUGCCCCUUCCUGUUCCCAAACUGCAUCCCAAAUCACAUAUGCCAGAUGUCUCUAUAAGCAAAACUGCACAACCCCACUGAGUGUAUUCUUUGUUGUUGUUUUUUUGGAGGUGGGGUGGGACGUCUUUUUUUCUUCCUUUCCUCUUUUGUUCCCUUAUGAUUUAAUGACUUUAGUGCUGCACUUGAAUUUCUUUUUCUUCUCUGUGUGUAUAUCUAUGAUAACAGACUUUUGGUUUGUUGUGACCAUGAGACUCUGAUACAGCAGUCUACACUUAGGUGCAUGAUUGUGUUAAGUUGCUGAUCUCUCCUUUCCAGCGCAUUUCAAAUAUCCUGCCUGUGUACUCUCCUCCUCUCGUGAUUACUGCUUUUGCUGUCUUGUCUGUGUGUGUGGAUGGUUUCCUUCUUUUACUGUAUGUUUGCCUUUGUGGGUGAGCCCUCUUAUUUCAUCCUUUGCCUGUUUCUCGUUGUGGCCUUUUCUUUUCAGUGUAGACAAGUUCCUUAAAGAUAGAGCUGGUU